ACCAGGGCUGUGCAUUUCGAAAGGAAACCGCAUCCUUCCCCACAACGAGUCUCCAUCUUUGAACGAACGAACACACAUCUUGAAAAUGGCUCUCCGUGUUACCAGAAAUCGUUUGGCCUCCGCCAGGACCGAGCUCCCCGGGAAGACCUGCUCGGUGACCGGGCCCACACUCAAGCCCCGGGCGGCUCUCGGUGAGAUCGGGAACGUCGCAGUGAAAGAGGUGCAGAGGAAGACUGUGAAGACCGAAGCGGUCAAGAAGACCAGAGUGGUUAAAGUGGAAAAAGCUGCACCAGUGGUUGAAAAAGCAAAAGCACCAAAAAAUGUUGUUCCCGUUAAGCCAGAGGUUCUGGAAGUGCCAGAGGUGCAGGUUCUCCCUGAACCAGCGUCCCCCUGUCCCAUGGAGACAUCUGGCUGUGAGCCUGGUGACCUCAUCCAGGCGUUCUCAGACGUCAUGCUGGAGACGGCCGUCAGGGACGUGGACGCAGACGACUACGAGAACCCGAUGCUCUGCAGCGAAUACGUCAAAGACAUCUACAAGUACCUGCGCAUCCUGGAGGUGGAGCAGGACGUCAGGCACCAUUACCUGGAGGGCCAUGAGGUCACCGGUAACAUGCGAGCCAUUCUCAUUGACUGGCUGGUGCAGGUCAGCCUGAAGUUCCGUCUGCUGCAGGAAACCAUGUACAUGACCGUGGGAAUCAUUGAUCGCUUUCUUCAGGACCACCCAGUCCCCAAGAAGCAGCUGCAGCUGGUCGGUGUGACCUCCAUGUUCCUCGCUUCCAAGUACGAGGAGAUGUACCCCCCAGAGAUCUCCGACUUCGCCUACGUGACCGACCGGGCCUACACCACGCUCCAGAUCCGAGACAUGGAGAUGACCAUCCUGCGGCAGCUCAAGUUCCAGCUCGGCCGCCCUCUUCCCCUGCAGUUCCUCAGGAGGGCCUCAAAGAUUUAUGAGGUGACCGCCGAGCAGCACACGCUGGCUAAAUACCUCCUGGAGCUCACCAUGGUCGACUAUGAGAUGGCUCACUUCCCGCCUUCCCUGUUGGCCAGUGCUGCUUUCGCUCUCACCCUCCAGAUCCUGGAUGCUGGCGAAUGGGAUGUGACGCUGCAGCACUACAUGGACUACACAGCAGAGAGUUUGAUUCCUGUCAUGGCGCACAUUGCCAAGAAUGUUAUGAAGGUGAACGACGGGCAGACCAAGCACAUGGCCAUCAAGAGCAAGUACUCCACUUCGAAGCAGAUGAGGAUCGCCAACAUCCCACAGCUGAAGUCUUCUGUCGUGAAAGAGUUCGCCAAGCGGCUCCCACAGUGAGGCGGCUGCUUCUGGCACCUUCUGCCGACUUGUACAUUUGUAACUUAAGCAUUUUUUUAGCGUGUCUGAAGGAUCAGCACGCAGAGGACCCUGUUGGCGGUUUGCCUGUUUUAACAAUCGGAUUUCACGUGAUCUCCGGCCGACUCUUACAAAGCACGCCACAUGUUUUUUUUUUUUGGAUUCAUGAUUUACGCCCCGUGAGCCUCAGUCAACCAGUGACCGCUGUAAUGCUACAAUUCACUAGUUUCACCAUGUCUGUUCAAGACGUGACUCAUUAAUGCACUACUCUGUUUGCUGAAAGCUUUAAUGUGGCAUGAGUCAAUCCUGACACAUCUGCACUCAGACUGUCACUUAGCUCCACCUCCAGCAGUCUUAUUCCAACAUGUCACUUCCUGUUUGAUCUGAAACGUGUGGCGUGCUGUCAGAGGUCGGCCGUGGAAGGAUCCCGGGGCAGUCGUGGCCCAGUCCUAAUCUUUUUUUAAUGUUAUGUUCUUAAUGUGUGACAGUAUGUAAUAUGUACAGCAAUACUUUUUAAAUGAUUUUACUAAAUGUGUUUUUCUUAAAAGCAUCUAUUAAAUGGCUCUGACCAGA